CGUGUAAAGUGUUGCAUUUUGGAGAAUAUAUCGUCUACGUAAAUAUUCUACGUAACGAUUUUUCAGAAAAUACGGACAUUUUUGAGCCAUGGAGCCAAACUUGAGUCCCAAUCAUCAGUCUGCAAUGAGAAAUAAUGGAAUCAUUCUCGCGAACGUUUUCUCACAUUUGGACACCCACUGUGUCAAGAAGUUUCGAAACGUGUUCACCAUUUGGAACACCAUCGGCGCUUCAGAGUACGGAAAGAGGACCCUUUUUCCGAUGAAGGACUUCUUAAAAAUUUUCGCAACCCCGGAAGCAAUUGAAAAAAUUAAUCCCUCCGUGCUCAAGCAAAUUUCUGUAAGAUUCUUAACUCCCAAUAAAUUCAGCCCAACAUUUAGCUGGAUCGCGGCAAUGUGGGGGCGGCAAAUAAGAGAAAUUCAUAUCAACAUGGAUCUCCAACUUUGGGCUGCCUUCGUCGGCAUCGUGGUGGCCAAGGCACUUCCAAAUUUGGUAAAAUUGGCGGUAACAAAGGAACGUUCUGCUCUGUUGAUUGUUGAGCAAGCGGUCCCCGCUAUUGCUGAAGUGUCCUUAAGAAAUCUCAAAGUUCUGGAAUUCUAUCAGAUCAGCGGGGCAGACAUGCUUAAUGUGGACAUCAAUUUGCAAAUCAUAAUCGAUUUAGCGGCAAACUUAAAAACUUUGAAAAUUCAUGGGGAUUUCUUCCCAAAUUUGGGGAAAUGUGCGAAAACGCUGAAAACUUUGGAAUGGUUUGCCGUAUCGGAAGGAGCAGGAAUCAAACCAUUGGACAAACUUUAUCCCGUCUUUGUCCAAGUUGCUGCCACAUUGGAACAUUUGAGCCUGGGAAUUUCGUGUAAGGCAAGCGGCGGACAUUUAGUUCGACACCACAUGACUCAAUUCCCGUCGUUCCCAAGGCUCAAAUCCUUACAAAACUUUGCCUUUGAGGCUUUCCAACUUGACGAGUUUCUCAUUCCUGAAAAUUUUCCAAAGUUGACCAACCUGUCGAAGGGAUCGUUUGUCCUGGCGAGUCAAUUCGACCAGUGGAAAGUAUACUGGGAUCGGUCUUUCGAAAGUGGGGUUCGGCAUGAAGGCGUGACAAGACUCACUGUAGGGAAAAUAUGUGAUCUCAUAAUGGUUUCCCUACCCCCGACAAAAUUUCCGAAUGUGACCCACCUAACCCUAAAGAUAGAGCAGCGAGACAAGCCUUUCGGGCAAAUGACGAACGUUGUCUUCAUUGGUGCGCCUUAUGGAAGCAUAUGACCCACUUGGACGUCGUGCUGGACAUUCGUAACCUGACGCUAAGCGAGUUGAUGGAAGCGCUAAAUUCGUCUUUGAAUGUGACAUCUGGUCUCAAAGAAUUGAGGAUUACUGGCUAUGACAAAGAUAAUAAACGGACCGUGCAGGACGACAUACCCUGUGAUGGGGGCAAACUGCACGAUUUCAUUUCAAAAUGUGGCGCCCUUGAUCGACUUAUUUUUCGAGGAAUUUGGUGGAAAGCCGAAACAGUGAUACGAGCGAUGGAAUACUUGGCAAGAAGAAAAUCUGCGAAGACGAUUGUAAUACUGGAGUAAAAUAAAAAAAACGAUUAUGAGAAUGAAAUUAAUUGUCUAGUGUGAAAAUAUGGGGGUGUUUCGUGAACAGCGUUAGAUACAUAAACUUCGCUUUUUACUUUUAUGUUACAAAUAUUAUAAAAUUCGGCGGUAUGUUUUAUAAAUCAUUUAGCUAAGA